AUUUCUUCUCUUCUGCCCUCAGGCCAUGAUUACAUUUUUUUUAGCACGAAGUUACAGAUUCAUGAUAAAUAUUUCAUGUAUUGUUUGUUAAGUAAUGUAUUAUGUGACGCAAAUUCGAAGUAAAGUACUAGUAGUGUGUUUCUACGAAAAUUCGUGUAUUAUAUAAGAUAAGUCGAUAUUGUUUAUUCCUCAACGUGGAAGUCUCGACACUAAAAUAACUUUGAUUUUGAUAUUAGAUAAUAUCUUUCUCUUUCAGACAUCAUCAUUUUCCUGAUAUAAGCUUUAGUAAAAUGAGUUCUCAGCCCAGCAUACCACAAAGCUUAUCGGUAACGAAUGUUUCUCUAAACAGCAACAGAAACGAAGAAAAUCGACGAUCAUGUUGGGUAUGUUUCGCAACUGAUGAAGACGAUAAUACUGAUCCAUGUUGGGUACAACCUUGCAAUUGUCGCGGCACAACCAAAUGGGUGCAUCAAUCAUGUUUACAAAGAUGGGUCGAUGAGAAACAACGAGGCAAUUCACUAACUAAAGUUUCCUGUCCACAAUGCAAUACCGAAUACAUUAUCGUGUUUCCUGACAUGGGUCAAGUGGUGAUGUUCUUAGAUACGGUAGAUACUGUUAUAUUGAAAGUAUGUCCUUUCUUAGCAGCUGGUGUACUGGCUGGAGCUGUUUAUUGGACAGCUAUUACAUACGGUGCUAUUACUAUCAUGCAAGUUGUUGGCCACGAAGAAGGAUUAGCUGUGAUGGGGCAAGCUCACGCUCUAGUUCUAAUUGUAGGCUUACCUGCUAUACCCGUCAUGUUGAUAUUUGGCAAAAUGGUCCGAUGGGAAGAAACUGCGUUAAUAGUUUUACGAAAAUAUACUCCUAAAAUACCUAUCCUAAAAUACAUUUUACCAUCAUUCGUAUAUAACGAAGAACCCGAGCAAUCGAAUAGUUACACCGGAGCACCAUCGUUAGUUGAUACCAUUUGUGCGACAAGAGUGUUCUGUAGCGCUCUUCUUCUGCCAACCAUCGCCACAUUUUUUGGAAAAUUAUUCUACGAAUCUGUACCGUCGAAAGUGCAAAGAACCUUAUUGGGUGGCAUCACAUUUAUUUUAGUCAAAGGUUUGCUUAGAAUUUAUCACAAGCAACAGAAGUACGUUCAGAAAUGUCAUCGGAAGAUUUUAGAUUACACUCCUGAUAAUAUAAAAAGACAUCAGAAUCCAACUGCCAAUGCGUUUUCAUCGACAAAUGCAUCGUCGUCUUCAUCUUCACAAGCAUCAACUUAUUCGUGUUAUUCUCUAUCACCUCCGUCUUCUCGCUCGUCAUCAUCACUAUCUUUAGAAUCACCUUCGUCUUCACAAUCACCUAGCUCAGCUUCUUUGUAAGAUGGAACGACUUUUAUUAUAGAGGAUUUUAGCGGCAUGUCGGUAUUUUAUUUUGCUCGCUAGAAAUUCAUCUUUUUUAUUUUUAUUUUUUUCUUUGUUGACGAACGCGAUGGAUUAUUUUUUAUUUGUCGGAAAUUUAUUUUUUGGGGGAUAAUUUUUAUGGAUUAAGAAGAGGUAAUUCGUUAGUGGUUGAGAAAUUGUUUUACAAUGUUUUAAACUGUUGCUUGAAACUAACAGUAGCUUACUGAAGAACUUAUUCAAUCUUUUUUAAAUAACUAAGGGUAUAUUGUAUGUUUUAUUUUAGAUUUCUUCUCAACUGGUGUAUCAAAAGUAGCAUAUUUUACUCAAUUCUAUCAACUACCAGCGAAUUACCUUUUCGGAAAAAUGAGGGUGUGAUUACGAAAUUCGUCUAAUUUUUUCAUUCGAGUUAAUUAGAAGACUUGAUAUCUAUAAUUUCGUUGUCGUGAGAUCCGUGACAAAUUUCUCCAAACUGUUAAAGUAUUGAUAUGCUUUAAUAAUUUGGAAUUUAUACGAGCAACUAGAGCAACUCGAUGCAAUCUAAAAGUAAUUGCGAAGGCUGUGUAAUUGAUGAAAAUGAAAAUUCAACUCGAGGGAAAUUAUUUCAAAAAUGUUUUUUUCGCAAUAAUUUUAACUGAUAUUUACAUCUGUUCGAGUUGUGAGAUUCGUCCGUUUUAUUCAGCAACGCCGGUGAAAUGUUUUAUUUCUUUUUUUUUAAUUGAAUUUUCCUAUAAUACAUAUGACACACUAUCUCGACUAAUUUUUUUCUUAUCAGUUCAUUUUAUUCCGUGGCUUUUUUAACUAAGAAAACUCACUAUUGCGUUGUUAUUUGCAUCAAAUUAUAAUAUGUACCUAAUCGUGAAAUUUUUUUCUUUGCUCUCAAGUAAUUGUUUUCUUUGAUUUCAUCUGAGAAGUUACCGAAGUUGAUUUUGUGAUUAAAAAAGUAUUUCGCGACUCAUUUCUCUUAAUUUUGAUUUUAUAUUUUAACUAUAUAUAUGUAUUUUGGUAACUAAAAAAGUUUGUUUUCUUGGAGUGGAGAAAAUAUGAUUUUUAAUGUAUUUCUUUAUUCUUGUAAAAUAUUGUUCUUUUGUAUUAUUAUUAUCAUUUUCAAUAGAAGCUGAAGUUUUGUGAUAGUUUUGGAAUCACGUUUACGUAUAGCGCCCAUAGUGGCUUCUACGUUGUACCCUAGAACCAUCAGUGUGAGAAAACAGUCGAACCGAGAAUCGUUUUAAUGAACUUUAUUCUCUUGAUUUUCGUACGUAUUUGUAAUCAUGAAUUUUUUCGUGCUAAUAAAUUUGUGAAAAGUUUUGUA